AUGAAGAAAUCUACGAAGCGGAAACCUACGAAGCGGAAGCGUUGUGAAUCUCCACAAGCAUCUAUGCAGAACCCCGAUGCCCCCACAUUCCCCCCACGUAGAUCGGCUAGGACUGAGGAAAAAACAGAAAAGGUUGAAGCUCGAAGUCCAAUUGGCCAUGAAUCUUCAGUCCGAACCCCACCAGAGGUUCUCGAUGCCAGCGAAUGGGAAGCCCUCAAGGCCGAAGCCUUGGACGUUUUAUCGCGAAAUAUUGUCACAUACCUCCUGAUACCCAUUAGAGCAGCAGGCGGGAAACCCCCUUCCGUACAGUCGUCCCCUUUCUCCGAGUAUCAAGUAGAUGAAACUUCUGAACGGGCAAAAUUAACGGAGCCACAAGUCCGUCGCCAGCAAUUUGUUGACGGUUGUUUUAAUCGUGAUAACAAGAUAUGUGUUGUGUCGGGUUUCCUUAGCAAUGGUGAAUGGGAGCAGCAGGGCGAACCUCCCGAGGUCCUCCAUGGAAAUCUUGAGGCCGCACACAUUUUGCCAAUCAGCUUCGGCAAGUUCAAUCAGUCUACGGCUUCAAAAGCUAAGACUUCUUCUAUGUGGGAAAUGAUACAUAAAUGUUUUCCUUCCACCCUUCCCUCUCUCGAAGCGGCCACAAUCGAUAAUCUUGAUAAUGGCGUGCUCUUACACAGGACGAUCCAUUCUGACUUUGGUCACUUUGAAUGCGCGUUCCAGCCGAGUGGUGCUGAUAACACCUACCGUUUCGUCCACUACAAACGAUUUUCUCUGGAAAUGAAAUCAUAUGCACCACACGGAGCAGAGAUAAAGUUCAAACAGGCUCCUGGAUACGAAGAGCUCCAAUUACCCAAUAAGGAGUACUUGGAGUGUCAUUAUCGACUGUCGCAGGUAUUUCAUGCCACUGGCAUGGGUGAAUAUAUCGACAGGAACCUACAGCGCCGGGAUGAAAUGAAGGCAGCAACAAGCGGCUCAUGCCUGGCAGAAAAUGGAACCUCCGACCUCACCGAUAUCUUUAAUGUCGCCUUAUGGGGUACUACAGUGCAUUCCUAG